UCAAACUGAGCGUCUCAGAUAAACACGUCCGCCUUGGGUUCUCCUGAGCUAUGCUGGCUAAACCAGAGGAGAGAAAGCCGCAGAAGAGGAGACAUCCCGGUGAAGAUGGAGAAGGAGGACAGAGGAAGAGGCGGGAAGGUGGCGAAGGAGAUAAGGGUCAGGGAGACGGUGGCAGGAAGCGCCUGGACGCCAUGAGUGUGGGAUAUUUCCGCCGAGUCGGGGAGAGACUCAGUGAAGGCUUUGAGGAUCACGAGGAGAGAGAUAUUUUUGUGGAGAAUGUCCUCACUGAAGUUAAAGGUAAAGCGGCCUUGGUGGCUAAGGACCAGACAGGAAGCAUCACACUGCAGCGGCUGCUCCCGCUCUCCAGUCCCGACCAGGUGGGGGAGCUGCUGGUUGAACUGGGUGGUGAAUCAGGGUCUGAGUUCAAAGAGGUGUCUUGCGACAAGUGUGGCGGCCACGUGGUGGAGAGUGCAGUCAGACAGAUGUCCAGGUGGACGGAGUCGUCAAAGAAGGAGCCAUCUGCCACCACAGAAGAAGAAGAAGAGGAGGAGGGUUCUGCUGUGUUAGAGGCCCAGGUGUUGUCUGUGAGCCAGGUGGUGAGGGAAAACUGCCCAGAGUUCAUCAAACACGUUCACGGCUCACACGUCGUCCGCACACUUUUACACGUGCUGGCCGGCUGCCUUGGACCACCACGGAGCGAGUCUCGUCCUGGUGCAAAAGAACGAAACGUCGCUCCUCAGCUCACAGACUUUGAGAUCCCCACGUCUUUUUGGUACGAGCUGAAGAACCUCACCGAGACCCUGAUGGAAAAUGUCAACCUAAGUGUGACAGAUGCUGCUGCCAGUGCCGUGUUCCAGACCAUGUUGACUGUUUGUCACAGAAAACGACCCAAACUCUGCAAACAGCUCCUCAAACGCAUCACAGAGUACCUGACGAGUCGCAGUGCCGCCCCGGGAGUCAGUCCGCUCCUGGUCUUUCUUAAGGACCAGGCCUCCAGUCGUCUCAUUGAAACCAUCAUACAGCUGUCCCACAAGUCCCUUCUCCGAGAUCUAUACAAGAACCACCUGCAGGGUCACCUGGUAGACUUGGCCCUCCAUCCCAUCGCCAACUUCCCCGUACAGAGGCUGACUACGGCCUCGGCCAAAUACCAACUGUUCCUGAAGUUGUUUGAUGAGCUGAUCCAAGGCGUGGAGGCCAUCUUGGCUUCAGGUCACAUGGGUGUGAUCGUGCAGCUGGCGCAGAGCUGCGCAGAGAGUGAAGAGAAACAGGAGGACAUGAUGCAGAGCCUCCUCCGUGCGUUUCACUGUGCCGAGCCGGGCUCUCGACACGUCAGCUGCCUCCCUCUCUUCAUGUCCCUGCUCACCUAUGACGUGUACUACCACUCUGAGACAGCAGAGGGCGGCACACAGACAGAGGUCCCGCUGUCCUCCAUCUGUUACCACGGCUCCCUCCUCGUCCAGGCCCUCGCCAGGUUCAAAGAGCGAUCGCUCCUCCUCAGCAGCCUGCGCACCCUGACCCCCGCUGACCUCCUGACCAUGGCCUCUCACCCGUCAGGCAGCCACGUGCUGCAGGCGCUCAUCACCACAUCGAGCGACAAGGGAAGAGGGAAGAUCCUCAAGAGACUGGAGGGUCAGUACGUUCAGAUGGCGUGCUCCAGGUUGGGCAGUCGGGUGCUGGAGGCCAUAUGGAACGGCGCCUCGGUCAGUCACAGGCACAACAUCGCACAGGAACUAGUGUCGAGUGAAAGCCAGCUGAGGUCAGACCAGUUCGCCCGGCAUGUGUGGGCCAAAUUUGCCCUCUCCCACUUCAUCCACAGGAGAGCUCACUGGCAGGAAAUCCAGACCGGCGAGUCCAAGAAGAGGAAGCUGUUCAGUGACAUUCUUGAAUAAAAAAAAAAACAUAUUU